ACAUUUAUCUUAUUCAUUGAGCACAUGUUGCCUCAGCUGGUCAUUGAUAAUUUACUUGCUUCAGGAUGGGAGUCCAGUACAACAUGCCCAGUCUUGCAUUGCUGUAGUUAAAUGAAUGUUCCAAUUAUCAUCUGAAGGACUUUUAACUAUCGAAGCUUUAGAAUCGUGUUAGCAUUUUACUGCUGCAAUUGAAACUCGUCAUGUUCGUUACGGUGUUAUAUGGAGAUAAUGAACAUGCCCUUUUCAAUACAUUAUGUAAAAUUCCGGUUUUGCUGGACUGCAUUAAACAGAACUGUCACUAUGAGACUGAAGCUUUUUUUUGUACUGAUUUGAUCUGCACUUCAGCUGAAGUUGAUCUAGCAGACGAGACCGGACAAGUGAAGAACUUAUCACAAAACCAACAUUGCUACGCCUCUGACAUCCUCACUGAACGAGAAGUUUAUAUUCUUCUUGGAGUCAACAAACCAAACAGGGCCUCAACACCUGUCUAUGUACCAUUACUGAACAAUGAUGAUAUUGUCAAUUCCAAAUUCCUAGCUAAACUCGGAGCCCGACUGGAUUCUCUAAGUCAAAACCGAGGAAAUGUAAAGAAAAUGCGCAAAAAGUCUGCAUCACCAUCUCCCUCACGUUUAUCCACCACAGAUGGUGAGAAAUCUUUCUUACUGCAAACUAGUCAAGGUAAACAGAGCACUUCACCCAACGGGAAACAUAAAAAUACCUCAACACCUCAAUAAGGAAAGCACUGAGCCUGAAACACACUCAUGGCACUUACUGGAGUUGCAUUCAGUUGUAUAUUGCAAUCCAUACUUAUUGAAACUGUUUUCUGGAUCGCAAAAUUUAUGGAACUGUGGUUUUUCCAGUUAUUCUGCAAGACUAGGAAUGGAAAUCAAUAAAGCACAUCAAUUUUUUUCUCCCA